UGUCAGUGUUCUGUAAAGAUCCUCAUCUGAAUUGCUGACCUGCAGGCGAUCCAUUUUCCGAUACACAUGUUAAGCCGUAUUUCGAAGGGCUUUGCAAAGUCAUUUUUGUGCAGAACUAAAAAGCGAAUUUGUUCCUCAAAUUGGUUAAUUACAGAAAGAGUAAUGCCUGCUGCCCCUAUCAGUUCUUCUGCGUAUCAAAAAAUUGUUUCGAAGUUAUGCGAGGACACUAUACCUAUUGAAAUUUAUAAGUCUUCUGUGACUGGCAUAAGAGUUGCAAUUUGUCAGGUUCCUGGCCCAAUUGUCAACGGUUAUUUCAUGUUAGCAACCGAGGCUCAUGAUGACGACGGGCUGCCACAUACACUAGAGCAUUUAGUUUUUAUGGGAAGCGAGGAUUAUCCAUACAAAGGGGUGCUAGAUAUGUUGGCUAACAGGUGUUUUGCUCAGGGAACAAAUGCGUACACAGAUGUGGAUCAUACUGUCUACACGGUUGAGACUGCUGGUGCAGAAGGUUUUCUCAAUUUUUUGCCUGUUUAUAUUGAACACGUUCUGUAUCCGACUUUAACGGACAGUGCUUUUGCAACUGAAGUUCACCACAUCACAGAAACUGGCGAAGAUGGUGGCGUUGUCUACUGCGAAAUGCAAGGAUGUGAGAAUACCGGAGAAAAUAGAACAUAUCUAGAGCUCAUGAGAGAAAUAUACCCAGGUAAAUGUGGGUUCAAAAGCGAAACUGGAGGAAUUAUGAAAAAUCUCAGAGAAAGCACCACCAAUGUAAAAGUUAAAAACUAUCACGCUCAGUUUUAUCGCCCUGAUAAUCUAACCUUAAUUAUAACUGGACAGGUUGACCCUCAAGACGUGUUUAAAACAAUGUCCGCGAUGGACGAGAAAAUCAGAAAUAAGCUAGAAAAGAAUCCAUUGCCAAAAAUGGAAAGACCCUGGAUGUCGCCGGUUCCGGAGCUUACGAAGUCUGUGACGAAAGUAGUUCCUUUUGGAAACGACACAGAAGAUAAAGGGAUGGUUCUUAUUGGCUUUAGAGGACCAAAAGCGAUCGAGAUUUACAAAUCACUCUGCUUCAAUUUAGUGCUGGAUUAUUUCUCUGAUACUAGUGUAGCACCUCUUAGACAAGCUUUCGUUGAGAAUGAAAACCCAUUUUGCUCGAAUGUGAAAUGGUCAAUGAUGGAGGCAACAGAAAGCACAAUUUUCUUCAAGUUUGCAAACGUCGAAUCAAAAAACUUGGACAAGAUUCGACCAAAAUUCUUUGAAGUAAUCAAGGCUGAACUAGACAAGGGUCUGAAGAUGGAGCGCCUGAAAGCAAUCAUCGAGAAGAAGCGUCUAGAGACUCUGAAUUCUUUGGAGGACUGUCCUCACGAAGCCACUUCAGGAGAAGUAAUGGGCCACAUCCUUUUUGGAUUAAAAGAGCAAGAAUUAGAAGACAGACUGAAUAAGACGAAACAGUUGGCAAAGGCAGCCAAGGAGUCGGAGAAGUAUUGGAAAGAGUUGAUGACGGAGCUGACUACUAAGCCAUAUGUUGAAAUCAUUGGGAAACCUAGUCUCAAAGAGAAAGCUAAACUAGCUAAGGAAGUUGAAGACUUAGUGGCGAAACGCAAGGCGGAAUUAGGCGAGAGUGGUCUGGCUCAAAUGGAAAAGGAUCUGGAAGACGCAGUUGACCAGAAUGAGAUCGAAGCUCCAGAUGAGAUGUUGUCCAAGAUCCCGAUUCCAGAUGUCGAGAAGAUACAUUUCCACAACUUGACUGCAUCUAGUAAUUACAGGAAAACGGACGAGGCUACCAAAGUGGAUCUGAAGCUGUUUCCCUUCAUAACUGAGCUGGAUGAUAUCCAGGAGACGCAGUUCAUAGCCUGGACUAUGCUGUUUGAUACCAGUGGGAUUGGAGACGAGUUGAAGCCCUACCUGAUGUUGUGGACUGAAUUGAUAGGCGAGACGGCAGUCAAGGAUGAGAAAGGAACUGUUAUCAAAUACGAAGACGUAGUUGCCGGACUAGAGCGAGAUCUCCUGGAGUCCUCCUGUCAGUUAGGAGCAGUAAACGGCGCCACAUUCUCAGCUGGCUCCUUUCCCGAGAUGUUGUCUCUUUCUAUGAAAGUAGACCGAGAUAGCAAGUUGCAGAAGUACAGUGAUGGAGUUUCGUGGCUUAGUCGACUCCUGUUUAGACAGAAUUUCGAGGCUGAUAGAGUGAAAAGUAUAAUACAGAAGGUGCUGAAUACAGUUGAUGGUAAAAAGCGAAACGGAAGAACAGUCUGUUCUGCAACUCAUAUGAAGCUAAUAAUGACAACGAAUAGUAACCCAUAUCAUGCAUCGGUGCUGAACCAGGAGAAGAUUCUCAAGUCUUGUUUGAAGAUAAUUGACAAGGAGCCCGCUAAGCUAUUAGGAUAUUUGUUCAAAAUCACCGAGUAUGUCACUCAACUGAACAGAAUGAGACUGCAUCUGACCACUGCAGUGCAGAAGUUUCCCUCUCCGGACAGAGUGACCACUCCCUGGAAGGAGGUGUUCCUCAAAUCAUGGACUGAGACCAGACCAUCCGGGUCAGGAGAUAUCAGAAGCGACUACGGCGCAUUCAAGGUAGUGAGGAGUAAGCAGUUGAUGAAGAAGAUGGAAGAUAUAAAAGUGAAGUCGGCCAUUGUGGCCGUAGGUGCUGUGGAGUCCAGCUACUUAGUCCAGAGUCACUUUGUCAACAUCGAUAGCUACGAACACCAGGACAUAGCGCCAGUCAUGGUGUUGAUUGAGUACCUGACUGGACUUGAGGGUCCCAUGUGGCGUCUGAUCAGAGGACUAGGCUACAGCUAUGGGUACAGUGUGCAUCUCAGUGUGGAGACAGGGAGUCUCAAUCUGCACCUCAUGAAGAGCACCAAUCUGCCUAAGGCAUACGAGAAGGCCAUAGAAAUCAUACAAGGCUAUUUGAAUGGGAGUGAGGAGUUUGAUGAGAUGUCUCUGGAGGCGAGCAGGAGCAGUGUGAUGUUUGAGGUGAUAGAGAGGGAGAAGAGCAUCGGAGACGCGAGUGUGGAGUCCAUGAUGAACCACCUCAGGGCAGUGGACAAGCACUACAACAAACAACUGCUCAAAAAGGUAUCCGAAGUAUCCUUGAAAGACCUGUCCAGGGUCUGCCAGAAGUACUUCGCCACCUUCUUUGACCAAAAGGCCUCCUGUUGUGCUAUUUCUUGUCACCCCUCCAAAGUGGACGAAAUCUGCGCUGCAUUUGCCAAAAUGCCGGAAGGCUGCUGUCGAGACUUGACUAAAUUCAAAUCCUUUGACCAAGUGUUUGAUCAGUGAUCAGAUAACGUUGGAAGCUAUUCAAAAGAUCAGGUACGACCGGGUAAUUCAUCAUGUCUGAGGAAACGAAUGACUAAGUUUUAUGAGCCAAUCAGAGUUGUUAAAUUAUAAAUUAGUCAGUGUUGAAACGCUUUUGAUUGGUUAAAAAUUUUCGGAUUUUUUUUUUCAAAUUGUAAACGGCGUAACAUUCGGACAUGAGGGAUUACCAUCACCCAUCACCAAAGCAAUGCUUCAUCCCAAUUAGUUGAAACCGUGACGACGAUAUCUGAAAGUAAGUUCGUCGAGAUGACAAUAGGCUCCUUAGUUUUCACCAAUGCUGUAAAUUUAACCAAGAAUCUGCAGAAAAGAAAAUUGCAAUAAGUUUGU